AUGAGGGAAAUCUUGCACAUUCAAGGAGGUCAAUGCGGGAAUCAAAUUGGUUCCAAAUUCUGGGAAGUAAUCUACGACGUGCACGGGGUUGAUCCAACCGGCCAUUACAGGGGAGAUGGCUCCAAUGAUCUUCAAUUGGAACGCAUCAAUGUCUAUUUCAAUGAGGCUUCCGAUGGCUGUUAUGUUCCUCGGGCUAUCCUCAUGGAUCUCGAGCCGACACAAUGGACAACAGUAGGUUCGGCACUUAUGGCCAGAUCUUCGAGCCCAACAACUUCGUCUUUGGUCAGUCUGGUGCCGAUAACAACUGGACUAAAGUGUUAG